AUGGAAAAGCCGAUGACAGAAUUCCUCGAGAAGUUCACUUGGCUAUACUUCCCAGAUCCAAACGUCCCCUUUUUCCGUGUUACGAUACUCAGUCGAUAUGGAGAGGUGACACCGGAUAGCAACAAGUUUUGGUCGGUGAUGUGUGAAUGCGCUCGGCCCAUCGAUGAUCCCGGAGAGGAGAUCGUGAAACAAGCAAUUGACGGUCUGGUUAUCAAGAGCAUGAUUCAGCGUGAUAAGAUCGCCUCGGUCUAUUCGACCACACUGGAAUACGGAUAUCCUAUUCCCACGACAGCGGUAUGUUUUGAAAUCUCCUAG